AUGGAUUCUGGGAGUCUUUCUCUCCCACAAAUUCUUCAGCGCCAUGGUUAUGAAAUUGUGCGUAGUAUAGGUAGCAAAUGUUUUCCUUCGUGUUUACAAGUAUAUCAUCCAAGCUUUAACGAGAAUUUCGUCUGUAAAAUUGUUACAAAAAAAGUUAACUUCGAAAAAGAACUUUAUGCGCUCUCAGUCCUCGACCAUCCAAAUAUAGUCCGUUUGUACUCUCAUUUUGUCGAAAAUGAUACAUAUUUCCUAAUUUUGGAAUACUGUGAUGGUGGAAAUCUAGAAACGAUGAUAAAAAGUCGCACAAGACCAAAGCAAGAUAAGAUAAUUAGUUACACUAAGCAAAUUGUUUCAGCUUUGAAAUAUAUUCACUCAAAAAAAUUUGCUCAUCAUGACUUGAAACCAUCAAAUAUAUUGUUCGAUAAGUAUGGGAGAUUGAAAAUUGCUGAUUUUGGACUUUCAGUUCAAUACGAAACAAAUUCUUCUAAGUAUUUUGUUGGGAGCUACGGAUAUCUCGCUCCUGAACAGCGAAUGAAUCAAAUCUAUGACCCAUUUGUAGCCGAUAUAUGGUCUCUUGGCGUCACAUUAUACUACAUGACAUGCGGUUAUAACCCAUUUCUUCAACAGAAAAAUACUUAUAAGUAUUUCAUCCCGAUGUACGUUGAAAAGAUGAUCGCCGAUAUUAUAUCAGGAGCUUUAGAAAUAGAUCCGGCAAAGAGAAUUAACAUCGACGGAAUUCAAGCUAUAUUUACCGCAAAGCCAAGGCUAACUAUACCUUCAAACUCCUGGUAUAAUAUUCCAGUUACCGAUAGUCUUAAAGUUCCAACUCCAAUUUCACAGCUCAAGCAUCGUAAGAGUACGCUCCUUAAUUUCUAA